AACAAUAUGUCAGAAGACUAGCAGUUUAGUAACAGAAAGAAGCAGUAGGGCAAGUUACAAUUAAAUAGUGCAUAUAAAUUUGAUAGAGUGAGAUCACUGAACAACAAUAAGAACUUAAGUAAUUUAGGAUAAGCUAUGUGAAAGUUUAUCUGAGAGACAGGGGAAAGAAAUAGAGAGACCAACUUGGAGACCACACAACCUAACCAGGUCCAUCUGGUCACUUCAGGGAAAAUACAUUUCAGCCAUUCGGAUCUAAUCAAGUGUAUUGCAGGGUUAUAGGGUUAUGAAAGCAUUUCCAGCUUCAUAACAUUGCUUUCUGAUUCCAUCAGUUCUUCUGACACCUUCCUGAUGGAAUCAGGAAAUCAGAGCACCUCCACUGUGAACAUGACAACAAUGAAUCCUGAUAAGAGCACUGUGGGUAACAGUAUUUCUGUUGCUUUUGGGGCCCUCAUCCUCAGCGUCGUCUUCCUCCUGGGUGUUCCUGGCAACCUCUUCAUUAUCUGGAGCAUCCUGGCACGUGCCCGCAAAUGGUCGGUCACUACCCUGCUCAUCCUCAACCUGGCGUGUGCAGACGGUUGUCUGAUGUGUCUGACUAUUUUCUUUAUAAUUUACCUAGCCAAGCAGAGCUGGAUAUUUGGAGGUGUCAUGUGCAAGAUGCUUUUCUAUUUGUGCAACACAAACAUGUACGCUUCUAUUAUGAUCAUUACGCUGAUGAGUCUACACAGACUGGUGGCAGUGGUGUGGCCCAAAUACUUGAAAGCCUGUACGCGUAGACGGACGGUAUUACUUGUGCUCGGGGGCCUGUGGAUUGUCGUAUUUCUUUUGGCUCUUCCUGCUUUGAGAUUCAGAGAAACAAUGGACUAUAGGAACGGACGCACAUUGUGUGAAACUAAUCACGGCCGUCCACAGCAUGUGAUACUCCAGUACACACUUGAGACAGUGGUGGGCUUCCUGGUACCGUAUGUGAUCAUAGUCAGCAGUUAUGCGUGUAUCCUUCGCCGCCUCAGACAGACCAUGUUCAAGAGAAGGAUACGAAGCGAGAACCUCAUUCAAGCCAUCAUUGUGGCAUUCUGCAUUUUUUGGCUUCCUUAUCAUAUUAUUAAUGUAGUGCAAGUGGUGGCAGCACUUAUACAAGAGGAAUCAACCAAAAAAAGAUUGGAUCAUAUCUGGCAGUCCAGUCGUGCGGUUACAUCCGCUCUGGCUUUUAUCAGUAGUUGUGCCAAUCCUAUCCUCUACACCUUUGCCGGACGCUCCUACAUCAAAGCUGAUGGCCUGGCAUUCAUGGCCAGACUCUUUGAGGGCACGGUCCUGGACUAUGGUGCCCGAAAAAGACCAAAAGACCAGACUUCAAACCUCACAGAGUGCACAACCAUAUGAAAAAAUCUUGGACAAUUUUUUUUUUUGAUAGUGUAGGGAAUAAACACCAGGACAUGUACAGUAGUCAACAUUUGAAGUGGAUCAAAAAAGUUGUCCUAAGAAGGAGGUUUUAGGACAACUUUGAUGAAAGGUUUUGAUCCACUUCUAAUGUUGACUACUGUAUAUGUAUAAAUGAAACAGCCUUUUAAAAUGUAUUUUUGAUUUAACUCCACUGUUAUGAGCUAAUUUGCUUUCAUUUUAAACCACUUUUCACGUUUACAAUACUUUCUGUAUGUUGCAUUUCUGUUGUACAUUUAUUGUAAUAAUCCUAGUAAAUCUGGAGUUGUUUUGCAUACAUAAAACCUUUGUAUUCUCAUCUAAAUAUAUUUGCACAAAGAGUACUCAUAUCUCACACCAGUGUGUACAUUUACCUUUACAGGACUGGGAUUAUGAAAUCACAUGAGCAUGAGAAUAUGCACUUUAGAGAGAGAAUAUCACACAUUGUGCAGUACAAAUUCAUAUGCAGUAAGUAAACACUUCAGGACUGUUUGAAUGGUCAAAUGUCUAAAGCCCAGAACACACCAAGCCGACACCGACGAACUAGUGGCAAUGACAGCAGACUGCGAGGUUGGCUCACAUCGGCAGCAUCUGUGUCCAAAGUUGCCCGACACACCAAACCGACGCUUGACACCCGACGGCAGGUGGCAGUAGCUGAACAGCCAAUCAGAAUGAUCAGAUGGCCCGACUGACCCACGAGCUCCAACGCCGUUUCAACAUGUCGAAUCAGACAAAAAAAAGCCGACGAGUACCAACUUCAGCCGACUGAGAAAACUUUCCCCAAACACAUUUCUGGAGCCUCCCCAGCACUGCACAUUUUGCAGGUCUCCUUUGUCUAACACACCCAUUUCAGGUCUUGGAGCAGGGGUGUCCAAUCCUGCUUCUGGAGGGCCACUGUCCUGCAGAGUUUAGCUCCAACCCUAAUUCAACACCUGAACCAGCUAAUCAAGGUCUUACUAUAGGCUAGAAACUUCCAAGCAGGUGUGUUGAGGCAAGUUGGAGCUAAACUCUGCAGGACAUUGGCCCCCAAGGACCGAGUUUGGACACCCCUGUCUUGGAGUCUUCACUAAUGAGCUGAUGAUCUGAAUCAAGUGUGUUUAAGGAUACAUGGAAAACAUGCAGUGUUGGGGAGGCUCCAGGAAUGUGUUUGGGAACCCCUGGUCUAAGCUGUGUUUCCACCAAAAUUAACUGGAACUUUGUUCUAGGAACUUCCUCCCCCCCCCUCCAGACCUAUUGCUAGCUGCGUUUCCAUAGCGGUCUAAAGUACCAUGAAGAUAGUCUGGACUGCGAGCGACUUUCCAGUUCCCGCUGGAUUUUGUCCUCCGCAUAUAAGCUUAAUAAAUCCUGAACCUCAUUGUCAGUCCAGCGGUUUUUUUUUUUUUUUAAACUCCAUUGUUGAUUCAAAUAGCAAACAACUCUUACUGCACACACACCGCAAUAGACUUCAGAAAAAUGGUUGAAAUAAAAUGCUGCAUGAACUCAACCAAUCAGCAUGUUCAGCACCCAAGUCCCACACCCGAAAGUUCCGGAACUUUGAAAAAGGACUACCUCGCAAGCAGGGACUUUGAGGGGGAAAUUUUUACCCGGAACUUCAUUUAGACCCUGGUUCCUGCAGUCAAAACACACUGAGUACCACUCCAAAGUUCGUGCAGUGGAAACGCAGCUAUAGUUUGAAACCCAAUUUCAUAGGAAUAUGCAUAAAUCCCCCCCCCAAAGUGCCUAAUCACACAAACAGGAUUUAGCACUCAAUGUUAUGAAUCUUUGAAAUACACACCAUGAGUCAAGACAGAUAUAAAUAAGAAUUUAUUGCGGUGGUUUCAAGUCAUUACAUCACUGACAGUAUAUUGCAGUCAACUUUCAAACUAGGACAUCACAACUCAAAAUGGACACAAGUCUACAAGUCAGUUAUAUUCUAAUCUUCUGUAGAAGAUAAUGGUCUCUAGCAGGCCAAUAUAAAGAGAAAAUAAAUGAGGGGGAGAGAAAAGAAAGUGAAUCUCAAAUCAACUCCUUAGAAGAAAGCCAGGUCACCUGAAGUAAAUACCUAAAGAGAAAUGAAAAUACAGACUUUGUGAAAAAAAAAAUACUCAAGACUGUUCAAGGAUGCAUUUACUUAUCAAAAUAAAAAAAACCUACCUUAUUGAACAUCUCCCUGCUUACGUUCUUUCAAAAGUUGAGGUUCCUGCACAAUUAGCAAAGAUAUUAGAACAUCUAGACUAAACUAAGGGUUCAUUUACACCAAUGAGCACUUUUAUUCAGAGCAUGUUAAUAAAAUCAUUGGAUCUCUCAUCAACACGGACCACAUGCAGUUCAUCAGCUUGGUGCAACACAUUAGCAUGAGAAACAUGAGAUUGACUCACCAUUUCCAUAAAGGCGGGUCCCUGUAGAAUAAACAAAUAUCGCACAUUAGAAUAUAUUCCAAAGGGAAACAACAUCUCAUAGCUUUAUUCCGCAGCUUUAACCAGUCAGUGCAGUAGGGCUGUAAUCAUUAGAUUCAGGUGAAACACGGACUGCAAAAAUCAUCAUGUCAAGGUUGAGCAGCUGCGACUCCAUUCAGGCUAAAACGUUAAAGUUACAUCAGUGAUAUAACCGGCUAUAACACGCGACAUCUGGAUGUAGUUAAAGCAGAUGCACCUGCCAAUUCGGCAACCAACACCACUUCUCAUUUAAAAAAACACGCAGGCUAUUAACUUUCAGUAUUGCUCUAAAAUAUAAAUCAAAGGUUAAACUUACCGAAUACGCUGCAAUGGGUCAAUUACACCGGUAUGAUUAUGAAAACGCAUCAUUUUGACCUGUUUCUAACACAGCUAGAUUAUGUAGUUAACUAUUUGCUUCCAUUUCGUAUAUAGCUAAAAUAAAUUAAAUAUCUUAAAAAAAAAAAAAAAAAAA